AAAUGUCGUCUGCUGUGUGAACGUUUUCGAGGGAGAUUUUUAAAAAUUUUACCAGUUAAUCACUUUUUUGCAAGUCUAAAUUUGAAAAUGUCCUCGAAUUUCAAAGUUGACUCGCUUCUUAUAAGCCUGAAGGAUUUGCAGAGUGAAAAGAAUUGCCUAGAGCAGAAACUUAACAAACGUCGUGAGAAAAGAAGACAAUGUGAAUGCGAACUUGAAAGAGUUGAAGGCAAGAUGAUGCAAGUCAGUGAUGUGCAUCGCAAAAUGGUUGAGACAUUGAAAGUUGCCCAACUGAAAGUUACACAGACACAAGGACAAACAGAUAGUUUGGAGGAAGCCAACCAGAGAAGAAGGGAUAGAAUAGCUGGCAUUAAUAACAACAUUGCAAAUGAGAAGAUUAAACAACAAGAAAAUAUCAACAGCUUUGAAGACAAAUUGUCUGAACUUACAGAAGAUUUGAUGAGGGCUAGGGCACAUUAUAAAGACGAAAAUCUUCAUAAUGUACUUGUUUCUAGCAAAGAGAAAUUGGAUGAACUGACACAGAACUUGAACAAACGGAACCAGGAAGUGAAGAGACUCACUGAUGCCCUAGAACAACUCAAGUCACAGACAGAUGACAAGGAACAGGAAAUACCAGAGGAAACAUGCAAACAUAUUUGGCAAAUGAUGAAGGAUGAGAACCAGACAAUUCACAGUUACCUGAACCAGCUGCAGACAGACUUAAAGGUUAUUCACGACACAACCCUGUCCCAGGAGACUAAGAAAAUGGCAAUAGAUUAACAUGACAGAGCUUAUGUACAUCAUACAAACUGACUUAAUGAAUCAGCAUACCACAAGUUAUACAUCUAGACUAAUUAUUCUUACUCCAGGAUCGUGUUAACAUAGUCAGCAGAACUUCCCAGUCAAUAAGUAUGAGGGAUCUAGGAUGUAUUGAGCUGCCAGCUAUGAAGGCAUCAUAAGGAACCACAUUUGUAAAAGAUUUGGUGUAUUAACUUCAUAAGUUCAUUCUUCUUUUGUAUUCAUGAUACCAAUAAAUGCUUUCUUCAACAUA